AUUGUAACUUACCAAGAUCGAAAACAACACAUGCUGUUUGCUAAUUCUUCCAUUAUUAUCCCCUCGCUUCCAUCGCGUCGCGUCUCGUCUCGUCUGGUAUUUUCUUCACAAUCGAUACACACCCACAAUUACACCAUCUGUAUCUCCAUACACACCUGUGUCAGAGAAACCGACGAAGAACAACAGUAGAUCCAGUGGGUAACCGUCUCAAUAGAUAAGGACAAUUCUCUCUGUAUUCAAUCUCCAUAAACCCUACAAACAUUACCCCCAAUUUCACUAACACCCACUUCAAUUUCAGCUUCAGUUCUUUAAUCAUGUGCUCUAUAUCACCUUACAAGACCUAAUUCGUGUGAAUUUUGGGGAUUUUGACUGGUUCUUUAAAGGGUUUUGCGUUACUAAAAAUAUACGAUUUGGGUUUUUUUUUUUUUUUUUUUUUUUUUUUUUUUUUUUUUUUUUGGGUUUUGGGAUUGAUGGGCGAUCUUGGUAUGGAAGAGGAUCGCCCGUUUCUGCCGUCUUUUGCUGCUCCAUUGUGUAACCCGGAUCCGAAUUCUAUUCGGGCGGAGACUUGGGUCUUAGCUGAAGACCCGGCCCGGGAGGUGUUGAAUUGCAUAUACCCGACUUUGGAUUCUGAAGAGAAAAGGAAAGAUGUGAUUGAAUAUGUGCAGAAGCUCAUCAGAUUUCAUCUCGGAUUAGAGGUAUUCCCGUAUGGUUCGGUGCCACUCAAGACUUAUCUCCCUGAUGGAGACAUUGAUCUAACGGUCCUUAGCAGUCCUAACAUGGAUGAUCAUUUGCCCCGUGAAGUUCUUCGUGUUCUUCAGGAAGAAGAGCAGUAUGGUAAUUCUGAGUUUGAAUUAAAGGAUACCCAAUUCAUCGAUGCCGAGGUGAAGCUUGUGAAAUGUCUCGUUCAAGAUAUCGUCAUAGACAUAUCGUUUAAUCAGCUGGGUGGACUUUGUACCCUCUGUUUUCUUGAACAAGUUGACCGCCUUGCUGGCAAAGAUCAUCUGUUCAAGCGGAGCAUCAUUCUUAUAAAAGCAUGGUGUUAUUACGAAAGCCGAAUACUUGGUGCUCAUCACGGCUUAAUAUCUACUUACGCAUUGGAAACAUUAGUCCUUUACAUUUUCCAUGUUUUCCAUGCUUCGUUAAACGGCCCUUUAGAGGUUCUUUACAGAUUUUUGGAUUGUUAUGCCAAGUUUGACUGGGAUAACUAUUGCAUCAGUUUGGAUGGCCCCGUUUGCAAAUCUUCCCUUCAUGGCUUAACCGUGGAAACCCUUGAAAAUCAAGGAACCGAUGUCUUACUGGGUGCCGAAUUUCGAAAAAAUUGUAUGGAUAUGUUCAUAGUGCCUUCUAAGGGAACCGAGACCGAUCUUCGAGCUUUUAACCUCAAGAAUCUCAACAUUAUUGAUCCAUUGAAGGAAAACAACAAUCUUGGACGAAGUGUCCACAAAGGAAAUUAUUUCCGGAUACGGAGUGCAUUUAGAUACGGGGCCCGUAGACUCGGUAAAAUUCUGCAACAACCAAACAGCAAUAUUAAAGACGAUAUCAAGAUGUUCUUUAGAAACACCUUACAAAGACAUAAACCGAAAUGCGGGCCCGAUUCCAACUUAAUCUUCGCUACUAACGGGUUCACAACUUUGUCUAUUUCAUCCCGUACCGAACCCUAUUACGAGGAUGAUGUGUAUUCAAGAUUCUCAAACGGUGAUUUCGAUGAUUAUAUGACUGACCAUAACGCCUCUCCGUUGACUGAGUCGAACUCCGAGAAAGAACCCGACCCUGUUGUUGAGAAAACCGGCCUUGAGCUGUUGAUGGAAAACGGAACGUCUGAAUUAGUGGAUGGAGAUACGAUUUGCUUGAGUAUCAAUAAGGGCAAUAACGACAAUUCAUCUGAUAGUGUUGCUGAAACCGAAAUAUUGAACCCGUUUUCUGAUCUCACGGGUGACUAUGACGCACACAUACGGAAUCUGUUAUACGGUCAAGGGUGUCACGGUUAUGCAAUGUCUACGACUGUGGUUCGGGCCAGCCCUAGUCCGCCUAGUUCACCGUACGGAAAUAAGAACUCGUGGGACACGUGCCACACGUCUGCAGCUGCUCAUUCAUGGCCCGGUCCGUUCAAAAAGAAUUUGGCUUCUCACGUGAAUGCAAACGGUGUAGUAAUGGGCCAUCCGAAGCAUAUCAACGGGUCUAACCGCAACGCGUUGCGUGGGACCGGGCCGUACAUUCCUACGGCGAGCUCCAAUACAAACGAGGAUAGAGAUAGACCACCGACAAGGGGUAGAGGAAGGGGGCGGGGACCACCGGUCUCUAACGGUCAUCACUACCGAUCACGGGUUGGUUCCGGUGAGCCGAAGUUGGUUCUUGAAUCGAACCAUGCAACACAAAGCCCACUUGAAUGGUCCCCGAGACAAGCCCGUGUUAAUGCUAAUGUAUCUAACCAAACUCACCACCACCACCACCCUAGCCCGGUUAACUCGACCGCCAACGGUUUUCCGAACCAAGCAAGGAAACUUGAAUUUGGAUCUUUUAGAUCUAUGACCGAGAACGAGAACCCGCCUGAUACAGAGGCGGCUCCGCCUUACGUGCAAAGCCCGAAAGGAAAUUCACAUGGCAGAAAACAGGGGAGGAGCAAAGAGAAUCCAUUUCACCUCAAGAAUGAAGACGAAUUCCCCCCACUGUCGGCCUGAAUUUCGUGAUGAAUGUGUAUAAAAAAGAGCUAAUCCGAAAAACGGGAUAUAAUCUUUGAAUGCUAAUAUGCCAGAUAUAACCUUUGUUAGGGAGGGAAUUAAACCUUUUUUUUUUUUUGCUAGUUUGACUUGGACGUUUCGCUAUCAAACAGAUCUUUUGGGAUUUUGGUUUGUUGUGAUAUAUUGUAGAGAAAACACAACGUUAAAAACGGUUGAGAAAACAUAGACCUUUUGUUCACCUGAUGUUUGCAUAUGUUUUUUUCUUUUUUAA